GAAAAAGGGCGCGGACUCAAAAUCCGAUAGUACUACUGUACUGUACAAGCUUUAUUCGAAAUUCCAAUUGAUUGACAACUCUCCUGUGGAGUAUGGAUUGAUCUAAAGUACAUCUUUACUUGUUACCCAAACCAUCAAAAAAAGUAAUCAUGGCAAGUUUGGGAAAUGGUGAUGGAAGAGGUCGCGCAAGGGAAGGUCUGAUACCCGAGGAUUUGACAUUGCGGUCCCUAGUCGGAGGAAUCAUCGUGGGAACGCUAUUAUGUUGCACGAAUUUGUAUUUGGGAUUACAGAGCGCAUUCAUAACCAUGGCUUCCAUGCAAGCUGCUUUGGUAGGAUAUGGUCUAUUACGAUGCAUUACAGCAGUCAAUCCAAGAAAGAAUCGCAACACAGGACGAACACAUCAAGGUCAAACAUAUGACGAACUACAAGAUGACGAACACAGCGAUGAUGAUGAAAGAGACGAUACUUCCUUCCACGAUACAGAAACUCAGUCUAUCUCCCGUCGACUGACAAGACCGUUUUCAGCGCAGGAAAAUACCGUCUUACAAGCAACGGCGGUCUCUUUAGGUGCGAUGCCCUUAUGUGCAGGAUUGAUCGGUAUCGUUCCAGCAUUUAAUCUUUUAUCGCCAAACAAGGACGGUAAGAAUAUUGAACCAUUUUCAUUUUCACUCUCAGCAUUGAUACUAUGGUGUGCCUCGAUGGCAUUCUUUGGCAUCUUUUUCGCUUCUCCCAUGCGAAAUCCAAUGAUCAUUCAAGAAAAAUUACGAUUUCCUUCUGGAAGUGCAACGGCUCAAUUGAUCGCUUUACUCCAUGGCGAAAGGCUAAGAGAUGAUGACGAAGUCAAAGUAGAUACGAGGGUGAACACACAUGCACAAACUUCCCGACAAAGACCUCCGUUGCAAAGGAGCAUCACUGAACGUGAACAAGAAGAAGAAGUACAGAAUGGCUGGAAAGGACUUUUGAUCACAUUUACAGCUUCUGUUGGAAUCACGAUUGCUUCUUUUCUUGUCCCGGUGUUGUAUGCUAUCCCAAUCUUUGACCUUUUUCUACCUGGUCAUGAUGCAGCUUCAAAGUGGGGUUGGCAACUAACGCCUUCUUUGAGUUAUGUUGGACAAGGUAUUAUCAUGGGACCGCAAACGACAAUCUCCCUCUUUGCUGGUGCAGUGGUCGGUUGGGGAAUCUUAUCUCCCGUCGUUCAUUAUCUCGGAUGGACAAAUGGAAUACCAAAAGAUGCCGAAGAGGGUUCACAGGCUUGGAUUUUAUGGGUCGCAUUGGCAAUCAUGACAUCGGAAUCUAUCGUGGGUUUGGCUAUUCACAGUACAAGUCAUUCUACCUCUGUCACAAAAAUUAUCAGGAGGCUACAGGGACGGUCGGCACCUACAGAAGUACACCAGCACCGCCUACCAAAAGCACAAGAUUGCGAAAAAGAAAGUCGUCUGACACCAAAUUCCUGGGUGAUUGGCGGAUUCUUGUUCUCCACUGUGCUGUCUGCGAUUCUGCUCUAUGUGUUGUUCAAAAACAAUGAAGCUGGUAAAUUUGAACUUUGGGUUCCCGCAAUUGGUAUACUUUUGGCUGGUCUUUUGAGUAUUUUGGCCGUUCGUGCGUUGGGAGCAACUGACUUGAAUCCAGUCAAUGCAUUAGGGAAAUUAAGUCAAUUAGCCUUUGCGUUCCUGCAGCCCGGGAACAUCAUUGUCAACAUGGUAGGAGGUGCUCUCUCAGAAGCAGGAGCAAUGCAAGCAGGAGAAUUGAUGCAAGAUUACAAAACAGGUCAUUUGAUACGUGCCAGUCCAAGAAGUCAAUUUAUCGGUCAAAUGGUAGGUAGUACGGUGGGAAUAUUUGUUUCGGCAACUGCGUAUAAAUUAUACGAAGGUGCUUAUGACCUACCCGGUCCAGAAAUGCCUGCUCCUGCUGCGAGACUGUGGUUGAAUUUUGCACGAUUGAUCAAUAAUGGUUCUUUACCGCCACAUUCAGGACAGGCAAUGAUUAUCUCGGGUCUCUUGUUCGCACUUACAACAUUGGUGAAAGGCAUCGCAGAGCUUGUCAAACAACCCGAAAAUGAAAGAAACCCACCAAAACAGUCUAAAUGGAUUCGAUAUGCUGUCUAUAUACCCAACGGGAUCGCUUUUGCUGUCGGACUUGGAUUGAAUACUCCAAAUUAUUCUAUAGCACGUUUGGUAGGCGGAAUGAUUGUCCUUUACGUUCAAAAACGAAGAGCUGCCGAACGAAAGAAGCAAGGCAGAAAAGUGAAAAAAUCAUCAAAUAGUCUACCACCUGUCGUGCUACUCAUUUGGAGCGCUGGCUUUGUGCUCGGUGAAGGUUUUGCCAGUAUAAUACUUCUGUUCCUCAAACAAGCUGGCUUUGGUCCACUCACUUGCUGGGGCUGUCGUGGCGGUUGCGGGGGCGGGUGUUGAUAGAAUCUUUGUAAAAGUAUAGCAUUGGUAUAUUGUGCAUUUCUAUAUCAACAGUGUGUGGUGCAUGUGGUCUAUCUAAUAAAGUACAAAUAAUUCAUCAUUCUUCAUCUGUUACGGUGGCAGAUCUAUCGAUAAACCCACUUUCGUCU